AUGCCCGUUCAACUAUACUUUGAGCACAAAACGAAUCCAGGUGAAACACAAGGAUGGAUCAACAGUCUGAAGGGUUCCAUUACCACGCAUUCCGACCAUUUUCAAGCUUUGCACCAGGCUUUCAAACGGAGUAACCCAACUGUAAUAUAUGUGAAGGCCAAACAGAAACGUGAAUCUUCCGUAAAAGGACAAAUUAGGCCACGGACGAGCAAACACGAGCAACCCGCCAACUGCCAAGAGCGCAGCAAAUGCCCAAUUAGCAGCUGUUCACAAAUGGGAGCAGUCCAAUGCCAGCAUCAUGAUUCUAUCACCGCAGAGCUCCCAGGAUGUCAACUCCGUAGGAUGGGAAAGCGUGACGGAAAACUGCACUUGGCCAAUGUCCCAGCUCUAGCCAGGGGCAGCUCUGGCCAGGGGCUGCUCCUCGAGCCAGAGGACCGAGGUGAUGCAUCUUCGCUCACAUCCCAUGGCCAGAUCAGAGAUGAAAAUGUAACAGAGGAUUUUUAUUUUCUCCUAAUCUGA